AUGCACAUGGAGGGCACACCUCUUUGCCACUCCGUCCCCUCCUCCGUCAUUGCCAAGGUGCUGGAGAAGCCCGACGAGGUCUGCAGUGGCAGCCAAGCCUCCAGCUCGCCUAGCCCCCAGCCCCAGGACCAAGGCUUCCUCCUGGACACCCUGGACAGAGGUGAGCGCCUGGGCCUCCGGGCGGCCUACAAGUCAGACCUGUACAGCAGCGACACGGCUCUGUACUGCCCGGUCGAUCAGAACCGUGAGCGCAGGCCAAGCAUGGACCUCCAUGGCCAGAGGAAGCUGCUCUACGGGCCCCAGACCUCCACAGAUAGUAACCCAGAGGAGGGUCCCUUGUUGGGGCUGAGGUCUGGCUUCUCCCAGGAGUGCUUUGCCAAGUUCCCCACCUCUCUGGGCCCCACCUCAGGCAGCUCCUACUCCAGCUUCAGCGGAGGGGGUUCGGACGACAACAAGGGCAACGGCCCACCCAGCAGCACGGCCUCCUCUCCCCACCACCACUCCCUCUACAUGGACUGGAGGAAUGGGGGAGACUAUGAGAGGAAGAGUGACUCCUCCUGGGAGAGGGACAGUCCCGGUGGUGGCGGCUUCGCCAAAGUCCACACUGUCUUCCAGCAGGCCGGCGAGCAUGGCGGAGCACACCACCAGAACGGCAGCUCGCCUGUCUACAGCCGCACCAUGUCCUCAUGCUUCAGCGAGCCCUACGAACCCCUCCCUCCUUCCUCCUCGCCAAGCGUUGUCUAUGGAGACAGCCGCCGCGGCAGCACGCUGGUGCCCGAGGAGGAGGAGCUGAUUGGCCGCUGGAGGCAGCUGAGUGUGGAGGACCUGAGCGCCCACUCGUACCACUCGCCCGGCCGGGCCUCGCCCUACAGCUUCUCAGAGCAGCACUUCUCAGUUCGGCCCGCCAAGAUCCGCCUGGGACCCCUCUACAGCAGCUUCCAGGAGGGGGCAGACUACUACCACCAGGGAGGGGUAGGACCCAUCAUGGAAACCCCGGUGUGCUUCUCCACGCCCAGCCCCCAGUGCAGCCCUGUGGGGGGCCUCCGUCAGUCCCAUCAGUCCCACAGCCAGCAGGCCCACCAGACCCAUCUCUACCGGGGCAAGGAGGACAGCCAGGAGUCAGAGCACAGCCACUACCACUCAGCGAGCUCCAAGGACAGGGAGGGCAGCGUUGGUGUAGCAGGGGCCGUGGGAGGAGGUGGAGGGCAGAACAAGGAGUACGAGGACGUCAGCCCAAACAGCUCCACUGAGUCCCUAAACCAGAGGUCCCUAGAGAUGGCUGCCGAGCUGCAGCAGCACUACCAGUCCGAGAUGCAGCACCCUUCGCCUCCCCAGGGCAGUCCACCACCGCCCCCGCUACCACCUUGUCCCCCUCCCCCGCAAUACCAAACAUUUGGCACGUUAGGACUCUCCAGAAAGGACAGUCUCACCAAAGCCCAGCUGUAUGGAACACUUCUGAACUGA